UACCGACUGCCGGCUCGAACACAAAGAGCAUGACAAAAAUCUCAUCCUAUGCACUCAUAGGCAUUCUAGCCUAUGCCAACACCUUCGCCAGCGCUGUUUUCACCGACAAGGCCCAGAUUUGGAGGCUCGCGGGAGGUCCCACAAACAACGUCCUGGUGACCAAGUGGCAACGUCCCGGGGGCGGCAGUGAGGAUGUCGCCGGCGCGACCGUCGACCUCAACCUCUGUUUGGGAAAUUUCGAUGGCAGGCUGGCCUGGGCCAAGGAGGGCAUGGCCAUGAACACCUGUGAAUGCUCCCUCACAUCGCGGCUGCUGCCAGGCGGCGAUCCCAAGACUGCCGGCUUCAGCUCGGUCGAUCCGUCAAACGACCAGCUCGAGCUCUCGGACUACCAGCCCGGCCAGCCCGGCAAGGACGCGACCAAGGCGGUCCUGUCCUGCAAGUGCGGCGCAGGCCCGGGGCCAGCAGACGCCAGCAUUGAUCUUGACGAGCGAAUCGAGCUCAAGGACGGCAAGCUCUUCUGCGUCCCCGCGCCGAACGCCGGAGCCGGCAAGCGCCACCAGCGCCGGAACGCCGCCCCCCUACACACGAGGCGGUCUGUGACCUCCCAGUCGGUGAGGACGUUGACGUUGACGCACGACGAGGAGUUCUUCCAGCAGACGACAACGGCCCCGGCCACGUCCACGGAGCCCGCGGGGCUAAUGGACCUGCUGAACGCGGGGUGCAAGAAAAUCCUCGUCAAGGUGAAUAUCCCGGGCAAGUCGAUACUGGAGGCGCACUGCCCCAUCAAGACGCCGCACGGGAGCUACCCCAUAUACGCGCGCUACCAGCUCGACCUGGACAAGUGUAUCGUCAACAACGGCGGUGUCGCCGAGUUCCGGCACCGGGGCAUGGGCGGAUCCAGCUGCACCUUCACCAACACGACCGACGCGGUCGAGUGGGCCUACGACUGCGGCGGCACCCCGGGCACGCUCAAAAUCGCCGGCAGGUUCACCCUUGACCAGCGCAACAACACCCUCAGCUGCGCCGACGACCUCUGGGCCAAGGGCCAGGUGCCCCUCGACUGGGCCUGCAAGGACCUGAGGCUCUCGGACGACGUGCCCGGCGCCCUCCUCGCCAGCUGCCCCACCGACCUGUCCCAGACCCGGUUUGUCAACACCACCAUGGACAUGAACGACUGCCUCGGCAUCGACCCCAGCGCGACCGGCAAUUCGCUGAAUUCGGCCAAGUUUUGGCCGCAGGAACUCGGCGACGCCUUCGAGAACUGCAGGUUAUGCAGCAUGUGGUCGACAACCAUAUUGGGGUCGCCGAUGACCGAGCUCAACUGCAACUGCCGGCACAACGCCACCGCCGCCUGGCCCGACUGGUCCACCACGGCCGAAAUUGGCGAACAUAUAUCCUUCAACCCCACCACCUUCUACCCGACCUGCGCCAUCAACCCGAUGAGGAAGGGCCACCGCAUGACCCACGGCUUCUCCGCGCGGGGGCAAAUCCUUUCGUGGCUGCAUCUGCCCUCAUAGGUUAUCGAACCCUUCUUAUUAACACUGCACCGAUAGCAGGUGGUAAGUUAUCCUCCACCGUGAAGCCGUACGACCUUAGGAACGACCAGGAAAUCAGCCUCCCUCCGCUUGUUCCGGCCAGCGGGAAAA